AUGUUUAAAAGAGAAAAUUCAAUAUAUAAGCUUUUUAAAGAAGAUUCUAAACAAUUUUAUAAAUAUGCUAUUAACAAAUUUAAUUCAAGAUUCAAUAAAUAUGAAUAUGGUGAAUAUCUUUUAGCAUAUUUUCUCUAUUCACUUUAUAAAGGUAAGUAA